ACCGCCGCAUGCGCAUGCGCCUCUCCCCGCUCCUCCCCAUCGAGGAGCAGCUCACCCGCAGGCUCCUCCCCGACGCCAACGACCGCCUCCAGGACGUCUGCGUCCGCGCCGGCAGCGGCUGGAAGGGCCUCCUCGCCGGCAUCCAGCAGGACGGCGGCGCGGACGGCCAGGCCAGGGCCAAGGAGCCGCGGCGGCCGAGCACGGCCGAGGGCCGCAGGGACGACCCGACCGCCGUGCUCGCCGCGUGCAGGGACGACAUCAUCGCGCUCUGGGAGGACCCCGUCGUGCGCGCCGUGCUGAAGCGGAGGGGGGUGCGGCUGCAGGACAUGCCCGGCUUCUUCCUGAACGACGCCGCGCGGAUCGCGACGAUGGGCUACGACCCGACAGACGAGGACAUCGUCCGCGCGCGGCUGCGCACCCUCGGCGUCGAGGAGCACAGGUUCACGAUGGAGAGCGGCGCGCUCCCAGGCUCGGAGUGGUACAUCUACGACGUCGGCGGGAGCAGGAACAACCGCCCGAUGUGGAUCCCGUACUUUGACGACAUCCAGGCGAUCAUCUUCCUCGCGCCCCUCGCGUUCAACCUCAUGCUCGAGGAGGACACCAAGGUCAACCGCCUGGAAGACUCGAUCAUGCUGUGGAAGGAGAUCUGCCAGAACCCGCUCCUCGCCAAGACGACGCUGAUCCUGUUCCUCAACAAGAUGGACAUCCUGCAGGCGACGCUCGCGGCGGGGAUCCGCGUGAACAAGUACGUCCCCAGCUACGGCGACCAGCCGAACGACGUCCAGCACGUCACGAAGUACUUUCGGGACAAGUUCCGGGGGUACCACAAGCGGCUGUCGCCGCAGGCGCGCUCCUUCUAUUGGCACGAGACGUCGGUCGUCGACACCCGCUCGACGGCGGCGAUCCUCGUUGGCGUGAGGGAGGGCAUCCUGCGCGCACACCUGCAGAGCGUGAACGUCAUCUAGCCGGCCGACGCACGCGCGGCUCAAGACGGAUCGCCCGGUCGGUACCUCGCGACGCUCCGCCGUCUGCGGUCUGUUCCACGCAACUAACUAGGGAGAGGGUGCCCGAGCACUCCCACACCCCUGGCUCCGGGCGGCGAGCCAUCGCACGCACGCCCCGCCACGGCGUGCAUCGCCCUCUGCCGCAGGGCCCGCGCCUCGCCGCGCCCCGCAUACCCGGCGCCGGUCACCCAGACGGUAGACCCCCGCCUGCUCGCGCUCUCGCACAUAACGUUAUUAUCGCUCUCCGC